UCCACCAACUCCAUCACCAAUCUUGGAUUCCACGCCUUCCACCUUCUCUCCCAGACAGUCUUCCCUUUGCUCUUCCAUCAUGGCACCUCUCCGAAUCGCCGUCCUGGAAUGCGACACCCCCGUGGAUAAAAUCAACGCGAAAUACGACGGCUACUGGGGUGUUUUCUCCUCGCUGCUCCGCGCCAGUGCCAAAGCCUUGGACCAACCCGACCGGUUAAACCCCGAGACCGGGCUCGACAUCACACGCUGGGAUGUAGUCACAGCGCAGGAGUAUCCCAAGCUCGAGGAUGUGGAUGCGCUCUUGCUGACCGGAUCGAAACAUAACUCCUUCGACAACGAUCCCUGGAUCCUCAAGCUUGUCGAGUACACGAAAUCCGCCUUGCAGGAUCCCCGCAUCAAACUCCUCGGCAUCUGCUUCGGACAUCAGAUCAUUGGGCGUGCGCUGGACGUGAAAGUCGGUCGCAGCGACGCUGGCUGGGAGAUUGCGGUUUGCGACAUGGAUCUGACGGAUCAGGGGAAGAAGCUGUUUGGUAGAGAUAAAUUGCGCAUCCAGCAAAUGCAUCAGGAUAUUGUCUUUGAGUAUCCUGCGAAUGUCGUCCCCCUGGGCUCGUCGCCCCGAUGUGCAGUGCAGGGCAUGUAUCUACCGGGUCGGUUUGUUACCGUGCAGGGCCAUCCCGAGUUCAACGAGGAGAUCGUCACCGAGGUGGUGACGCUGCGGGGCAAGGCGGGGGUCUUCUCCAAGGAGCAGACCGAGGAUGCGCUGGAGAGAGCGAAGAAUGAACACGACGGCGUUGCGAUUGGUUCGGUUUUCUUGAACUUCUUGCUCGAGGAAUAGACUAUAGGCGAUGGACAGGGACGCGGCAACGAUGUAUAUAUAACGCCGUCCCUGUCGAGCUCUUCAUAUAGAUCGAAAGAUGGAUGAAUAUUUAUAUAGAUGAUACAUAUAUGAGACACGCUUUGAUUAAC